GCAUAUAGUGCAAUGAUUUUGCAGAGAUUACGUUAUAUGUGCAGCACCGUUCAGAGAAGCAUAAUACAAGCGCAGCAAAAAAUGAAAGAUGCACCCAACACAGGAACACGUGUUCAUCCCUCCCCCAGCUUCAUCUCCACCACCCUCUCAGAGAAGUUUCUCUUAUUUGUCGGGGCUGGAGAUGGAGUUGGAGAGCUGGAGGCGCGCAGUGCGCAGGAACCGAGAACAGUGAGAAGACGAAGAGAAUCAGAUAACAGCGUAUGCCAGCUGCGAGGAACAGCAGAGGCGGCGAGUUAAAACUUGGACCGAAUCCUUAGGGCGUCUACCAACUACCGUCUUAUCAAAUUGGUGCGAUACACCUGGGGAAACAGGAGGACUGGAUGAAGGUGGAGGAGGAGGAGGGUGCCAACGCACAAGUGCUAGACUGCGCCAAGCCAAUCUGAGAUUACAAAUUACUCGCAUCCAUAUUUCUCCACAUUGGGCUGAGAGAGUCUGUUUUAGUUAUGCGGAUCUGGAGAAGACAAGGAGAUCUGCGUCGCUCCAUCCCAAGACAAACGCGCUGUUAUUGACAAACUCCUGCAGGGUAAGCCUUAUAAAUAACUUUUUUUUCUGCCCAGAAAUGCGGGAGACUGGUGCGGCUGAAGUGUGAAGAAAACCGAAAACAUUUCUGUCAGGAACUAAGCGUACAUUCGGGACAACUUUAAGCGAGAAGGAUGUCCGCGUUGAGGAAAAAAUUUGGGGAUGAUUAUCAGGUGGUGACCACAUCGUCCAGCGGCGGUGGGUUCAACCAAGCGGCCCCCGAGAAGAAAAGGAAACGUCAGCGCUUUGUGGACAAGAACGGCCGCUGUAACGUCCAGCACGGGAACCUGGGAGGAGAGACGAGCCGGUACCUGUCCGACCUGUUCACCACGCUCGUGGACCUCAAAUGGCGCUGGAACCUUUUCAUCUUCAUCCUCACAUACACAGUGGCGUGGCUCUUCAUGGCUUCUAUGUGGUGGGUCAUUGCUUUUAUACGCGGAGACCUGAACCAGGCCCACGACGACAAGUACACACCGUGCGUGGCCAAUGUGUACAACUUUCCCUCCGCUUUUCUGUUCUUCAUCGAGACCGAGGCCACUAUCGGAUACGGUUACCGCUACAUUACCGACAAGUGUCCGGAAGGCAUCAUUCUCUUCCUCUUCCAGUCCAUCCUAGGCUCUAUAGUGGACGCUUUCCUGAUCGGCUGCAUGUUCAUCAAGAUGUCCCAGCCGAAGAAACGCGCGGAGACGCUCAUGUUCAGCGAGCACGCGGCGAUUUCCAUGCGUGACGGCAAACUGACCCUGAUGUUCCGCGUGGGGAACCUGCGCAACAGCCAUAUGGUCUCCGCGCAAAUACGCUGCAAACUCCUCAAAUCCCGUCAGACUCCUGAGGGCGAGUUUUUGCCUCUGGAUCAACUUGAGCUGGAUGUUGGGUUCAGUACCGGAGCCGACCAGCUUUUCUUAGUGUCUCCUCUGACAAUCUGCCAUGUGAUCGACUCCAAGAGCCCAUUCUACGACCUCUCGCUCAGGUCCAUGCAAACAGAGCAAUUUGAGAUUGUGGUUAUCUUAGAGGGGAUCGUGGAGACCACUGGUAUGACAUGCCAGGCUCGCACUUCCUACACAGAGGACGAGGUUCUGUGGGGUCACCGUUUCUUUCCAGUCAUUUCUCUGGAGGAGGGUUUCUUCAAGGUUGACUAUUCACAGUUUCAUGGCACAUUUGAGGUUCCCACACCACCGCACAGUGUUAAAGAACAGGAGGAGAGUUUGCUGCUGUCAUCCCCCCUCACGGCCCCCUCUCUGUGCCACAGCGCAGGUGGGGUUACAGAAGGCAGUGGCACGCUGGAAGGUCUGGAGCUUCAAAGCGAUGCAGAAACUGGCUCCAUCAAUAUUGCAACCCCCAUGCCAACCACCAAACUGCCUGCCAAACUUCAGAAGCUUACAGGACGGGAGGCCCCCAUUCGGGAUGGAAUGCCCCGUAAGCUUCUGCGCAUGAGUUCGGAAAUCACCUACAACCUGGGCGACCUGCCCGUCAAACUCCAGCGAAUCAGCUCGGCUCCGGGUGUGGCAGAAGAGAGGCUUCAGCCAAUCAGUUCCAUGCUGAGCCCCACAGAGGACAGACUGGCUCCCAAGCUGGGCUUAAUAGGUGGAGCUGAACCCAUUAGCCAAUCAGUGACAGAUCUGCCACCAAAACUGCAGAGGUUGGCUGGCGGGGUCGGGGUGGGAGGAGUCGGAAUCGGAGGACGAAUGGAUGGCCAUCUGCCUCCCAAACUGAGAAAAAUGAACUCUGAGAGGUUUACAGGCUUGAGUUUAAAAUGACUUCUGCCCUCCUCUGAAACUGCAAUUGAGUAAACGGGACAAUCUAUACUUAUAGCAAUUUAUAUAGAUUCAAAUAUUAGAUUAUUGCUAAUCCUCUGCACAAUCUGGCAUGUUUUUACCACAAACAGCAUGAAAGCAGAAUUCAUUUUCAACACUACUUAAGGAUAAUAGCUACCAUACUAAUAAUAUACACUAUAUAACGACAGUUCCAUAUAUCUUUAUUAGCCUGUUAGCCAAACUUGUUUUGAGGGCUUGCAUAUAUUACGUAUAUCUUAAAAUAGAAUAUCAACACAAUUAUCUGAAUGCAAUGUCACUGAUAAUCCUUGGUAACUAAUCUUUUUUUUAAAAAGCCAAUGGCUAUAACCUGAGUUAGCCAUUUGUCUUUGUUUAAGCUGUGGGUUGGUUAUUUGCGGAUCAAGAUAACACAGCGAGAGAUUAGUUACUGUGGUUUUCAGAGCUAAAGAAUCAGGCGCUGUGCAUUUAUGGAAAUGUAACAAAUUUUCAGACGAACUGACUCAGGUUCUGUUUUUGUUUAGUUUUUUAUCUAUUGCAUGAUCUAUCAUUUCAGAGUCAAGCCAGAUUAUCUCACAUCAAAGAUUAAGCCUUAAAUAAUAGGAACCAAAUGUAAAAUACCAAACAUUGUAAACAUUUAGUUUAGAAAGUGUUUUAAGAAGUGGCCACUUUUUAAAGAUUUUCUGAGCUCUUUGUGGAAGAAUACGGUUUUCACAUUUGGCUUCUAAUACUUAACUGACUUUAUAUAUAAUGUUUUGUCGAUGAUUGUUUUCUGACGUUCUUUGUUUAAACUAUUUUCCUGACCUGAAUGACUUGAGUAUUGUGAUGAGUAGGAUUGAUAAAAGGGGGUUUAAAGCUAUCGAAGACAGAAAUGAGCACAAUGGAUGUGUACAUCUGUUUUAAUAUUCUUUAUAGAUAAGACUUUGUCAACAUUGUUAUGGCUUUGUUUAACUCUUGUGUUUGAAAAUCAAAGCAAUAAGAUUAUAAAAUGCAGUGGAACCUACUGACUGGGAAAAAUCUUGUACCUUAUGUUACAUUAAUGUUAAAUGGUUUUACUGUUUCCUUUUUUCUAAUUGUUUCUCUCAAUACAUUCAAUUCUACUUCUGACAAAUAUUAGAAUGGCUGUUGGAGUGGUUUAUAAUCCUGUAAUAAAUGUGUUGUGAUGUGUAACAAGUCAAUUAAAAACAGUCUAUACUGAAGGAUAAACCUCCACC